AUGGACCCUACCAAAGAAACACCUACUUCCCCAAUCUUCACCGUCUCUCCUCUUUAUCCUCUUUACCCUUCUUCCAACAUGACUAUCAACUCACCUAGUCCACUUCUCACCGACUCUCCUUACGCUUGGAUGAGCCACUGUGAUACUGCUACUACUAAUAAUACUACUACUACUACUGGUAGUAUUCCUUUCACCUGGAUGUCCCAACACCAACUCGACUCUCCUUCAAUGUCUUCUUCUACUGGUGUUCGUACACCAGAUCUUCCUACGUGCGACACAAACUACGACAAUCCCGAUUCUUUCCUCGCCCACACCACAGUUUCGCCCCUGUGGCAACCCUCAACUGUGUCUGACGACGCCAUUCAUGCGACAUUUUACUCCGACCAAAAACAUUACCAUCACCACCACCACGAACAACACCAGCACCAGCAACAGCUCAACUGGUCCUCUUACGCCCAAGACCCCCUCUAUGAUUCUUAUUGUCUUUCAAACUCCAGCUUGCUUCAUCUUCCUUUCCAGGAAUCCUUUGACCCAGCUGCUUAUGAAGCCUUAGUUGUACCCUCAGAGGUCUUUCCCUAUCCUGCCUCUGUCAGCCCAGAGAUGCCCACUGAAUGGCAAUCACCCGAGAGCCUUGUGGCUUCUCCCUCGCCCGAGAUGGAAUUCGAGUCCUCCUGCUAUCCUGUAGAGAGCAAACUUGCCUCUGCCUCGGCCCUAUUUGGCCAUCUGUCACGAGCAGAACUUAUUGAGCGUGUAGUCCAACUCGAAAAGGAAAGACAGUCCAGACAGCCUCUUGUCCAAGAAGAGAAAUCCUAUGUCUGUCGUUGGGCCAACUGUGGAAUUCAUUUGUCCAAGUUGAAUCAGCUGAUUACUCACAUUAAAGAGAACCACGUUGGCAGUGGCAAGCCUGCCUAUCAUUGCGAGUGGUCUGAUUGUCCUCGUAACCAGAAGCCCUUUAUGAAGCGUCACAAGAUGCACAACCACAUGCGUACCCAUACUGGCGAAAGACCCUUUGUCUGCACUGUUCAAGGUUGCGACAAGCGUUUCUCUCGCCCAGAUUCCCUCAACACUCACAUUAAGACUCACUCUAAUGUACGACCCUAUGCCUGCCCUGUCCGUGGCUGUGGAAAAGCUUAUUUCCACUCGAGAUCUCUUCGUAAGCACGGAAAGUCGCACGAAACUCCCAUGGUCGCCCGGAAGCCAUUAGGCUCUCUCCCGAAGCGUGCCAACAACCAGGUCCAGAAAACUGCCCGGAGGAGAUAUGCUAUGCCUCGCCAUGUACCUGACCUUAGAGCAAUUGUCGCUCCUCGUGCCUGGCCCAAUACUGCCCAAGUCUCCUCAACUUCCUCUUCUUCGGCCUAUGUAUUUUCUGAUUACUGUUAAUAUGUUUCACCCCUUCAACAUCACCGCAUCCUCGUCAUCCCUUCAAGACCUUUUCUCUUUAUAUCACUUCCCUAUAUUUCUUUUAUCUCACUAUGCCAGUUUCAUUUCCUUUUCCUCUCUCUCUCACACACACUUUUCCACACUUAUAUAUUCAAUCUGUUUCUGUUCUUUCACACAUUCACGAAACCAACACUCACAUAUACACUCACACUUACAUAAUUCACGACCUAUACACAACCCUCCCUCAAUCCAUAUACUCACGCACCAUUCACUCCUUUACAUUUUCAUUUUUGUCUUUCUUGUGUACGCUCAUUCUCAUCAGUAUAUUUUAUCCUUUUUCUUUUACUAUAGAUCUUCUUUUCUUUUUUUUUCCCUCCAUUCCUCACAUAUCCCAAUAUCUCACUCUCUCAUUUAUGUAUGAUUUUCUUUUUUCUCUUUAUAUUUUUAUCCUUAUUGUAUUUUUUGAUUUAUUGCCUUGUACAUAUACUGUGAAUUAUAGAUCCUUUUUCUCCAUUGUUCUUUCCUGUCUUUCUUUUUCUGUUUCAAUUUCUGUUUCAAUAUUAUCAUAUUUGUAUCCUUAUUUGUUUUCUUCCUCUUUUCCUUUUUUGGUCAUCGUGUUUGUUUAUUGCAACUCAGAUGAUCGAUUGGACACGUCAGCCAGAUUUGUAGAUGGUUUUCCUUAUAACUCCACACACACACACACACACACAUACUCCACACUCAAUACAUAAAAUAAUAUAUUUUUUAUUAUUAUUUAAUUUUUGG